GGCUGUUGUGUGUUCGAAGCUAAGAACUCUGCGGAGGCAUGAUGAGGUGUCUGAUCUUCAGUCUGCUGUGUCUGGCUCUUACUGAGGGACUUGUCAGAGUUCCUCUUGUUACAAAGAAGACCAUAAUGAAAGAAAGAGGUCUCCUCAAGGAAAUGCUGAAGCCCUCACAGUACAACUCUCAGCAAGGUUACAAUGAGAGCCUGAUCAACCAAUAUGACAUGGUAUAUUUUGGAAAGGUUGGUUUUGGAACCCCUCCACAGUACUUCUACAUAAACUUUGACACCGGCUCCAGCACUCUGUGGGUCAACUCUGUCUACUGCAAAAGUGCUGCCUGCAGCUAUCAUCCUCUCUUUAACCCAAGCAAGUCUUCCACAUUCACCACCAGUCAUCAACCAUUUUCAAUUGAGUAUGGAUCAGGCAGUGUCCAGGGUUUCACUGGCUAUGACACAGUCACAAUGGGUCAACUGACUGUCACAAAUCAACUGAUUGGUUUAAGCACUUCAGAGCCUGGUGAUCAUUUUGCAAGGCCUCUGCAUGAUGGAAUUAUGGGUCUGGCCUUCAGACCUCCUAAUUACCAGACCAUUGUAGACACCAUGAUCCAAGAAGGUGUUAUUGAGGAGCCGAUCUUUGCUUUUUACUUGACCAGGGACUCUGAGAGUGGAAGUGAGGUGGUGUUUGGUGGAGUUGAUCACUCUCAUUACCAAGGUCAGAUCCACUGGGUCCCUGUACAACAUGAUAGCCACUGGCGGCUGGUCUUUGCAGGUUUUGAGGUGAAUCACCAGUCAACUGGAUGGUGUGAAAAUGGAUGUACUGCUAUUACUGACACAGGAACGUCACUGCUGCUGCUCCCAGGACAGUAUGUAGGCCCUCUCCAUCAAAUGCUGGGAGCCCAACAGGACAGCAACGGCAACUAUGUGUUUAACUGUAAUGCCAUAAGCAGCCUUCCCCCACUGACGUUUGUUAUGAACGGAGCUCACCUGCAUUUGCCGAGUACAGCUUAUGUGUUUCAGAAUGGAGAUUACUGUUGGAGUGGCAUUGGUGGAACCUAUAUGCAUGGCAGCAAUGGUAAUCCUUUCUGGAUCCUUGGUGAUGUCUUCCUCAGACAUUUCUACUCUGUGUUUGACCAAGGCAAUGCCAGAGUGGGAUUUGCUACCUUAGCAUAA